AACUCUCUGCCCAGAUCUUCCAAACCCAAAAGAAGAAGAAGAAGAAGAAGAAGAGCAGGAAAUGAGGGAGGAAAUGGGGGACCAAUUGGUUUACGGCAAGAGGGAACAAGAGGAGGAGGAGGAGGAGCAGCUGCCGCAACGGUGUCGUUUUAAUAAUAAUAAGAGGUUUGUGGUGGUCGGUUACGCUCUUACGUCUAAGAAGACCAAGAGCUUCUUGCAGCCCAAGCUCGAAGGUUUAGCUAGAAACAAGGGGAUACUAUUUGUUGCUAUUGAUCAUAGCAGGCCUCUUUCGGAUCAAGGACCUUUUGACAUUGUAUUGCAUAAGCUUUCGGGAAGAGAGUGGCGCCAGAUUCUUGAGGACUAUAGAAAAACACAUCCAGAAGUUACUGUUCUUGAUCCUCCGGACGCAAUACAACCUUUACACAAUCGUCAGUCCAUGCUCCAGGCUGUGGCUGAUAUGGACUUGUCCGAUUCCUAUGGCAAAGUUGGUGUCCCCAGACAAUUGGUUAUCAAGAGAGAUGCAUCAUCCAUCCCUGAUGCUGUUGCAGAUAGUGGGCUGAAACUUCCUCUUGUUGCUAAGCCAUUGGUGAAUGAUGGAAGCGUAAAAUCCCACCAACUAUCACUUGCCUAUGAUCGAUACUCUCUACAAAAGCUUGAACCUCCCCUUGUUCUUCAGGAAUUUGUAAACCAUGGAGGUGUUCUUUUUAAAGUAUAUAUCGUUGGUGAAGCCAUAAAAGUGGUCCGACGCUUCUCUUUACCCGAUGUCAGUAAAAGAGAGCUUUCUGAAACUGCGGGUGUAUAUCGUUUUCCAAGGGUUUCAUGUGCUGCAGCUUCAGCAGAUGAUGCAGAUCUUGACCCUCGCAUUGCUGAACUUCCUCCACGGCCAUUACUUGAGAGACUGGCUAAGGAACUUCGUCGUCGACUGGGUCUGCGGUUAUUCAACUUGGACAUGAUUCGAGAACAUGGGACCAGAGAUCGGUUUUAUAUCAUUGACAUUAACUACUUCCCUGGGUAUGGGAAAAUGCCGGAGUAUGAGCACAUAUUUACAGAUUUUCUAUUGAGCCUGGUAGAGGCCAAGUACAAAAAGAGAUCUGGCUGAAGAAGUUUAAUAAACUCUGCAAGAGAUCAAGGUGCAAGUCUCCGAGUCUGGGAACACGUGCAGAGCGCAUGUGAAUAAGAUUUGGCGGGGCAAGAUUGCUUGCUUUCGUCCUACGGAUAGUGGCAUGUGUAUAUUCCUUCAGAUGGUUCAAGGACGAUGUUUGUCCAUACAUUCAUGCGCCUCAUAGAUUUGAUCUUCCUCCCCAGAAGAAUGCAUCAUGUACAGAGUUCUCAUAAGUCUAACUUGGCUCGGUUUGUUAA